AUGGGAUCUUGCUCUGUUGCCCAGGCUAGUCACAAAUUCCUGGGAUCGAGUGAUCAUCCCUCCUCCACCUCCCAAACGGUUGGGAUUACAGGCAUGAGCCACCGUGCCUGGCCCCAUGAGACACUUUGCCCAUGGAAGGGGCUCAGUAAUUGCCAUUUAUCUGUCCAUUUGGGGCAGAGUCACUUCUCCAUAUCCAGCACCUGGCUUCCUCGUGCAUUUCUUCUUCAGGUAUUUAUUGAGUGCCUGUAUGCGCCAGGUGCUGGUGACAGAGCACUGGACAAAGUCCUUGCUCUCCUGGAGCUUAGAUUCUAGCUGAGAAGACAGGCAGUGUACAAACAAAUAGAUACAUACAGACCUACAGCCGGUAUCUAUUAUUUUGAAAUCCACAAGCUCUGAAAACUGGGAGUGUUUUCCUAACUCAUUAGGAAGCUCAAGAGGAGGCUCUGUAGAAUCUUAAUCCUCCUUGGUAGAGUGCUCGGAUGCCGUGCUGCAGGGGCAUGAAUGCGACUGAUCGCUGCUGCGGGUUCCGGGGGCCGCGUGAGUCGGCUGGUGUUUUAUGCAAGAUGACCUUCCCAUAACUGGAGUGAUUCUGAACUCUGAAAUGCGAUUCCCGGAUCUCACCAGAGAGGACGAGGACCUGCGGUGUCCCGCCAGGUGGAGACGGUGCUGGGAAGGAAAGCAAAGCCGGGCCAGGGUGGGGUCCAGGAGGCCCUCUCUGAGAUGGCGCCAUGCGAGAGGGACCAGGGGCGGAGGCCUGGGGAAGAACAGGCCAGGGGGAGGGACCCGCAGAGGGUGGAAGACCCCACUUCCCGUGUUGGCCCCGCCGCGCUCUGCGUGCACGGUUCUGUCUAAAUGCGUCUGUUCUCGCCUUUCCAAGAAGUGCUGAUGUCUCUGAGGUUUCAGGUUUGGCUACGACUGACUCAUUCUUGCGCUAGGGGCCCCCGCGGGCCUCCUGGCCUCCUCUCUGUUGCCCAGGAAAUCUGAGGCCUGGCUGCCAAGGAUCUGGGGCGGGCCCGCAUCUGGAGAGCGGGGGAGUAGGCCCUGGAGGGAGGGCUCUCCGCCUGCCUGGCCUUUCGAGGGUUUUCGGGAACAGAGUUCCUGGAGGGAAGGGGCCGUCGUUCUGGGUCUAGGAGCCUCCAGCCUGCCGAGCACAGUUAAAGGGCAGCCAGCGCUCACGUGUCCUGAGCGCCAGCACCCUGCUAGGCGGGCGCUUACACUCCGCCAACACGCCAGUGGCCGGGGACAUGGUAGCCAGUGACCCAGAAGCGAGGGCCCUGCUGGAGCCGACAGCCUUGUCAGGGCGGUGACUCCGAGGAAGUGGCUUUUGAGCUGAGACCCAAAGCAACAAGACGUGACUAUGUGGGGAAAUGGAUCCAGGCAGUGGGGACAGCAAGUGCAAAGGCCCUGAGGUAGGACCAGGGUUGGCGUGUUUGACCCACAGCAGGGAAGCUGGUGUGGUUGGAUGGGAUUGAACGAGAGGAAGCGGGUAGGAAUCGAGGUCAGGGAAGUAAGCAGGGGCCAGAUACCUGCAUUAUCUCAUUUGACUUGUGUAGUAAACCCGUGAGGUAGGAACUAUUCUUAUCCAGACUUCUCAGCAGCACAGAGAGGUUCAGUGACUUGUCCAGGGUCACACAGCCGGAAGGUGGCAGAGCAGGGCUAUGGACCUGGAAGCUCCAGAGUCCCCAGUCUUCAACCCUGUGUUUAAACCCAAUGAAAACUCUGCUGGAAGGCUGGAGGCCACCGCCACUUAGGCAGGCGGACUUUCUCACCUUGUUGGCGUGCUCCCAGCCACCCAUCUGCCCAGCGACCCUGGGAAUGUGGCCGGCCUGGGAUGGGCUCCUCCCAGCCCCAUUCCACAGGCGGUGCAUUUGCUGUGCAGAUCAUUUUACCAAUGAGCCCCUUCCUCCGAGUCUCAGGCAGUGAGGACCUGCCAAAGCAGAGGGGGUGGAGGGGAGCAGAGGCCUGGAGAUGAGUGGGUGUCCUUCUCACUCCCUCGAGAGGGAAACCGAGGCUCAGGGUAGAGACUUACCUGAAUGACACAGCUCAUGAGUGGCAGAGUCUGGAUUCAAACCCGGGGCUGCUGGCCCAGGAGCCUGUGCAUUUAUAACCACUGUGCUGAGCUGUCCAGCCCGAGGAUAGAGUUUAAAAGAACUGCAUUUCUUGGUGAGAAGUAAGGGCGCUUAGUCACCAAGGACCGUUUUGGAGAACUCGGGGGAAGCGUAAGGUUUUCCUUAAGCAGCCAGAGGAGUGUCCUGCCUUUGCAGAAGAGGAGAGUGGCUUCUCUGGGGAGGAGAAACUCCAGGUCUCUGGUCUGGGCCGCCGGCCAAGCCCACAGAGCCACAGCCUUCCUUCUAGAAACGGAGCCUAUUUCUUCCAGAAGCCAUAACUCCAUUGCUGGGCAGCUCAAAGUGGGAGAAAAUCUUUCCCGAGAUGUAGCCAACUUAGCUUUCCAGGAGCUUCCACUUCUGGCUCUGGUCCUGCCCCCUGUAAGCUGUGACGAUCUCCCUCCAACCCCAGUCCGAUUUUUCUCUUAUUCAGACUACACAACUGUAGUUAUUUCAGGCAUUCUCCCUGACACAGGAAGUUACAAGUUCAAUCUAGCUUUGGACAUGAUUCACUUAGUCAGAGUCCCACAUAAAGCCUGGGGCCUCUCCUGAAGCCUGCUUGGUUAGAGAGGAAGGAGCCUAUCACCUCCUUGGAUCUGGAGCCCAUACUUCUGUUGACGCAACCUGCAAUCGUACUGGUAGCGGCCACAUCCCACUUAGAGCCCAUAUUUGGCUUGUCAGCUAAAACCUCCAUGUCUGCAAGAGCUGCUGUCAAUCAAAGAGCUUCCAUUCUGAGAUUCCGUGUUUGAGGCUAACAGUUGUUUUCAGUGUUUUCUAAUAAAGCUAACUCAGGCUGUAAUUUUUUUCUUCGAGUAUCGCUUUGGCUACAUUCCACAAGUCUUGUCUCACAAUGUUAUUCGUCGCUAAAAUAGUUUAUAAUUUCGCUUUUGGUUUCCACUUUAAGAGGUAGACUGGCAUUUUUUAAGUUCUCUUUUUAUUACAGACACACGCACAGACAUGUAUGAGGCGUCAUGCAUUUUCACAAAACGAGCACGCGCGUGUGACUCAAUCAAGAAACAAAGCAUGUCCAGCCUCCUGCUACUUCCAGGUCACACCCCCCCAAGGCCACUGUGCUGACUUCCAAUCCCAAGACCUAUUGUCUCCUUUCAACUUUACUAAAAUAAGUGGAUUCAGACAGUGUUGCCUUUCUGAGCCCAGUAUCCUUCACUUACCUCGUACCUGUGACGCCCCUCUGUGCUGCUGUGACAAUUGUCACUUGCUCAAGGUCUUGAGGAGCGUUUAUUGGUGCUCAGAGAUAAGCCUUUGCCACCCACUCCAUCAACACCGUCCCAGGUCUCUCCUUCCCAACUACGGCCUCUUUGCCUCCUCGCAACCACUCAGUGAGGCAAGUGGUCCUGUUCCCAUUGCACAGAUGAGGAGACUGAGGCUCUCAGGGGACCCCAGCUUGCCAUGGUCUCCCAGCCAGUCAGGGGGCAGUGCACACUUAGGCACAGAGUUAGGCUUCUGUAUUGUAGACACUCUGGGUCCCUCCCCACACGAGUGGCCCCCGUAUCUGUGUGUCCCCGUCCAUCUGGCAAUGUCAUGGAGUGAGAGAACAAAAAGAACUCCACAGAGGUUACCCCCCCGCCAUGUCUACCGAAUCCACAGACAGAACAUGAAGAGGAAGUUCUUAUCUGUGCCAGUGUAUUGUCCUGGCUUUGGGUUUGCCCAGGGGACAAAGUUCACUGGUGAGGGCUGGGGCGAAUUCCAGCUCGCCUACUUCCUGCUCCAUCCCCUCGGGCAAUCUCUGAACUGCCCCAGGCUCCGUUUCGCCUCCGGGCAGAGGGGAACAUUUGACCACAUCUUCCAUCCUGGGCUUGCUGGGAGAAGCAAACAAUGAUGUGUAUCAAAAGAGAACGAGUUUAUGGUGCUUUCUCUGUGCCAGGCGCUGUACCGUGGACUCCAGAGCUAGAAGGCCUGGGUUCGAAUGCUGGCCUCACCACUUACUAGCUGUGCAUCCUUAGGCAGGUUCUUAUACCUCUCUGGGCUUCAGUUUCUCUGUCUUUACAAUGGAGAUGGUAUUAACUGCAUCUGCAGUGGCCCUCGGGCCGGUGUCAGAGUUAAAUGAGUCAGGGAGAGUCAAGUACGGGUCAGGUGCCCCGUGUAAGCUGAAGCUGGUGAGUGGAGCUGUCCAGUUGGGAGGGGUGGGUGAGAGCCCCCCCAGGCAGAAGGGCCCAGGGCAUGGCCUGUAAUGGCUGGCGGAACCGGGGACAGGCAGGGGCAGUCGUGUUGACUUCUGCAGACCUCAGGAAGGGGCCCCCUGGGCUGUCAGUAAGACAGACUCUAAUCGGCGUCCUGGCGCCAAAUGCCUUGUCUGCUGCUCUCCAUCCUGAGUCACGAUGAGCAGCUCUCUGGAGGUCAGCUCCCCUGGGCUGGCCGAGAUCUGUGCCUGCUUCAGCCUGUUUACUCCGAGCCAGCAUUUGUCGCUGUCGAUCCAGCGGGGAGAGCUGGAAAGUAGCCCUGCCUCCGUCGGAGCUGACUGGCCAGGCUCCCCGCACACAGCCGGGGGACCUCGUUCGGUCAUUCUCGCGUUCGGCAAACAUUCGAGUGCCUGCUGUAUGCCAGGCGCCGUGCGAGGCUCUGGGAGAUGGCAGCCAACGGGACGGACGGUGGCCUUGUGGGAGCGGGCGCUGCAGUGGGGUCAGCACGGAACAGACAGCGCCAGGUAGACAGAGCGAGAUGAAGGGGCUGCACAGUGACAGCGGUCAGAUUGGCUGUGGCUCCUGGGCAGGUGGCGUCUGGACGCGGGUUCCUCAGGCUCGGUCGCCUCCCUGGGGCCUCUGGAAUCUUCUGAAGACAGAUUUGGUUUCCAGGACCCUGGAUGCCUCCCCCAGGGCCCUGCUGACCACAUGGACGCCGAGUCUGCAGCCAACACGCGUGUCCACGUUGCCGUAAGGUGGCCAUUGGCAUGUGGUGACAGCCUGUCCCCAAGAGAGCGCCCCGCUCCGGGGGAUCUGGCCCUCUUCUGUCCCGUGAAGGAGGUCCACGUCUCCAGCCUCCCCCAUCCCUUCCAGACGCGGCCCUGCCCACUCUGCACCGGCCCCCGUGCCUCAGCCACAGGGGUGCCCCUUAACCUGUCUCCAGCCCAGCCCACUAGAAAGUGCUAGAACGUACUGCCUCCUGGGUGCCUCCGGGGCCCACCAGUCUCUUGGACUCAAAGUGUCCCGGGCACACUGGAGCACGUGAUGUUCCCCGGCAAGUCUGCUCCUCUUCCUGGCUCUCCAUCGAGACGAGGGGCCCCUCGGCCCUCCCCACUGUCCCGGCGGGCCCGCACGGGCGGUGGGCACGCCCCGCCGCCUCCCCUUCCCAGGCUGCCACUCUUCGCCAGCCCCGCGGCACCGCUGUCAUCAGAGCUGCGCCUCUCCCGCUUCUCUGCCCGGGACCCUCCGGUAACUUCCUGCCUCACUCAAACAUUUGUUAAAAGAAGAAAAGAGUGCCUUCGCGUCUCCCGAUGGGGCGGCUUUGCUCCGGGCUGCUGUUCCCCGUGAGCUGCCUGAUCCUGGCGCAGGUGACGGGCUCUGGGAGCAUGGAAGUCCUGCUCCAGCCCACCUGCGUCUCCGACUACAUCAGCGUCUCCACCUGCGAGUGGCAGAUGGACAGCCCCGCCAACUGCAGCGCUGAGCUCCGCCUGUCCUACCAGCUGGACUUCGGGUCGUCCGAAACCCAGACGUGCAUCCCUGAGAACAGCGGCGGCGCGGGCUGCGUGUGCGACCUGCUCAUGGACGACGUGGUCGGCGCCGACACCUACAAGCUGGGCCUGUGGGCGGGGCAGCAGCUGCUGUGGACGGGCUCCUUCAAGCCCAGCGAGCACGUGAAACCCAGGGCCCCGGAAAACCUCACGGUCCACACCAACAUCUUGGACACCUUGGUGCUCACGUGGAACAACCCGUACCCUGCCGACACUUACCUGAGUGACGACCUCGUCUACCUGGUCAACAUUUCAAGCGAAAACGACCCAGCGGAUUUCCGAGUCUACAACGUGACCUACAAGGAGCCUGUUCUCCGCAUCGCAGCCAGCACCCUAAAGUCCGGGGUGUCCUACCGGGCGCGGGUGAGGGCCUGGGCGCAGAGCUACAACGGCACCUGGAGCGAGUGGAGCCCCGGCGCCCCGUGGCUUAACUCCUACGAGGAGCCCUUUGAGCAGCGCCUCCCGCUGGGCGUCAGCGUCUCCUGCGCCGUCAUCCUGGUCAUCUGCCUGUCCUGCUACUGCAGCAUCAUCAAGAUUAAGAAGGAAUGGUGGGACCAGAUUCCCAACCCAGCGCACAGCCCGCUCAUGGCGAUCAUCAUCCAAGAUGCGCAGGUGUCGCCGUGGGAGAGGCGGUCCCGAGGCCAGGAGCCAGCCAAGUGCCCACACUGGAAGACUUGUCUUACCAAGCUCCUGCCCUGUUUGCUGGAGAACGGCAUGAAAAGGGAGGAGGAUUCCCCCAAGGCUGCCCGAAAGGAGCCUUUGCCGGGCCCUGGGAAGGCAGUGUGGCAGCCCGUGGAGGUCAGCAGGACGGUGCUCUGGCCAGAGAGCAUCUGCGUGGUGCCAUGCGUGGAGGUGUCCGAGGCCCCGGUGGACAGCAAGGAGGAGGAGGUGGAGGAAGACAAAGGGAGCUUCUGCACGUCGCCGGAGAGCAGCGGGGGUGGCUUCCAGGAGGGCAGGGAGGGCAUCGCGGCCCGGCUGACAGAGAGCCUGUUCCUGGACCUGCUCGGGGGUGAGGAGGGGGCCUCUGGCCAGCAGGGCCUGGGGGAGCCGUGCCUGCCUCCCCCUUUGGGAAGCGAGAGUGCUCAGACGCCCGGGGCGGAGCUCGGGGAGACGCCUUCCUGGGGCGAGGAGCAGCCUUGCAACCUGCAGCCACACCCUGUGGCCAGCCAGGCUCACACACGGAUGCCGGUUGUCAUUGCGGACAACCCCGCUUACCGCAGCUUCGGCAGCUCCCUGAGCCCGUCCCCAAGUCCUAGCGAACCUGACGCAGACCCGCAGCUGGCCGGGCACCCGGGGCAGGUGGAGCCCAGCAUCCUCCGUGUCCCCCAGCCCUCUGAGCCACCCGGCGGGCUCCCGCCCGAGCCAGAAUCCUGGGAGCAGAUCCUCCGCCGGAGCGUCCUGCAGCACGGGGCGGCCUCGGCCCCCGCCCCCGCCGUCAGCAGUGGCUAUCGGGAGUUCGCGCAGGCGGCGGAGCAGGGCGGCACCCAGGACAGGGGGGUGGCGGGCUUGGGCCCCCCGGGAGAGGCCGGGUACAAGGCCUUCUCCAGCCUGCUCACCAGCAGUGCUGCGUCUGGACUCGAGGCCAGCAGUGGGCAGGGGGGCUACAGGCCCUUCGAGAAGCUCGUUCCCGGCUGUCCUGGGGCCCCUGCCCCAGUCCCCAUGCCCCUGUUCACCUUUGGACUGGACGUGGAGCCUCCUGGCAGCCCGAAGAGCACGCUCCUCCCCAGCAGCUACCCGGGGCUCCUCGGUCUGGAGCCGGGCGCAAAGGGCGGGGACAGGCAGAAGCCCCCGCUCCCCCUGGAGCAGGACACAGACCCCCUCGGCGACGACCUGGGCAGCGGCAUCGUCUACUCGGCCCUCACCUGCCACCUGUGUGGCCACCUGAAGCAGUGUCACGGCCAGGAGGAGGGCGGCCAGGCCCAUGCCGUGGCCAGCCCCUGCUGCGGCUGCUGCUGUGGGGACAGGUCCUCACCCCCAGGGAGCCCCCAGGAGGUCCCGGGCCCCUCUGCAGGUGGGGUUCCCCUGGAGGCCAGCCGCUCUCUGGCCUCCCUGGUGCCCUUGGGUGUCUCAGAGGAGGGUAAGUCCUCACUGUCCCUCCAUCCUGCCCCCAGCAGUGCUCAGGGCUCAAGCCAGACCCCCAAAAUCACGAACCUGGUGUUCACAGAGCCCCCCUGCAUGGGGGUUUCCUAGGUGGGUGCCCUCCCGUUGCCGAGGUCUGCAGGUGAGGACCGGGACGUCUUCAGGCGCAGGAGAUGUCUCCUCCUGGAAGGCAGCCAGGCUGGCAGGUUUCCAGAACGCUCUAAGAGCCACAGUAUGGAGGUGUGACGGCCUGACACGGGGGCCAGAGACUGGACCCUUCCCCCAGCAUUGGCCCGGCCUCGCCACACCUGUGGGCGGGGAGGGCAGUGGGCAGCUGUGCCCACGGCAGGCGUGGACAGGGGUCAGGAGGUCCCCGGGCACCUCAACUUGCGAAUGGGUUGUUGGCAGCUCCACCCACAGCCCCUGCAGCGGACUGUCCCUGUCCUCCCUGCCCGAGGCGUGCUUUGUCCACCAAACCGCCAUCGCCCACGUCCCUCGCCAGCCUCCAUCUCGCUGAGCUUGGAGCUGAGCCCACAAGGCAGCGAAGCCACCAGGGACUGACGUGGCGUCCUUGGGGAGUGGAAGUUCAGGGAGGGUGCCCAUCCGCCCAAGGCAGCUUCCUCGGGUUGGUGCUGGAGGCAGGAUCUGGGCUGUCGGGGUGUUCAGUCAAGUGAGGGCAACAGAGGACGUGAACAAUUGCCGUUACCAAAGCAGCGGCAGUCUGCUGCCGGGCGUCCACGCACAGCCGUAAGGCCGGGGGCUUCUGCUGUGCCCGGGAUCCCCGAACGCACGAGCCCAGCUUCCCCAUGGCCAGUCUCAGCGGACGCCAUUGUGGGCAGCCAGGAGGAGCCAUAAGGAAGUGGUUCGUGUCGCGAGAGCACGCCCGGAAGGCAGACACCGGGCACCGCCGCCCUGCGUCGGCCAGUGCGUGCUGGGGAAGGCGUGGGCGCCUUGGGCCGGGUGUCUGUGCGUCCAGAAGGUCGUCUUUCACCUGGUCUCUGUGGAGGAGGGUGGGACAGGAGGGAGUGGAGUUUUGUAUAAAGGUUCUUUAUCUCUACAUUUUUUGUUUAUUAAAUAAACAUACUGCGGGGCA